AUGGCUGCCACUACAACUUGUUCUGAACCCUUGGACUAUGAGUACGAUGUGUUCCUGAGUUUCAGAGGCGAAGACACUCGCAAGAACUUCACCGAUCACCUUUACUACGCUUUGAAAGAGGCUAGAAUCCACACCUUCAGAGACGACAAUGAGAUCCGAGAAGGAGAAGAUCUUUCUUCCGAGCUUUUACAAGCAAUAGAAAGGUCCAGAAUAUCCCUCGUCGUGUUCUCCAAAAACUCCGUGUCUUCUAGGUGGUGUUUGGAUGAGCUUGUGAAGAUCAUUGAGUUCCGACUAAUGUCAGAUCAGAAGGUUUUGCCUAUAUUCUAUGAUGUUGAUCCCUCCAAUGUGCGCAAGCAGAGGGGUACUUUUGAACUAGCAUUUGUAGAACAUAAAAAGCGUUACUUUUCUGAAAAAAGAAAAGGGUGGCGUUUGGAUAAAUACGAAUACACAGUGCUUAAGUGGAGGGAAGCUCUCCGUUUAGCUGCUACUUUAAAAGGGUGGCAUCUGGGAAGCACUACAGAUGGGUAA